UACACUCUCCUCAUCCCUUUUUUCCCUUCUCAAGCCCUCUCCCUCUCUUUCUUUCUUCCAGUCCUGAAUGGUUUCAUUAUUCAGAAGUAGGAGGCAGAGUUAGUUGACCUCCUGACCUCUAUCCGCUCCAAGAUCCUAUGAGAACUGAACGCCCAACAAGAGGACACAAAAACUUGGUAUCACGUGGAGCCUACCGGUUCACUUUCCCUUUUCGGAUCGGAAAGACAGCGGCCAAAAGAAGUGGACCUUUCCUGACUAUGGGUGCGGCGUCAGCUACCUCUGCGCCUUUCUCUUUUCGUGUCACCGUCUUCCCAGAUAACCAGAGUGGCCAGAGCGGAAAUAACUCAGGGCCAUCCGACUGCCUCUUGUAUGAACCGUCACUGUCCAUCACCUUGAUCACUUUUUACUCCUUCAUAUUUGUGGUGGGAUUGGCUGGGAAUAUUCUCGCCCUGUACGUGUUUCUGGGCAUCCACCGCAAGAGGAAUUCCAUUCAGGUGUACCUCCUUAACGUGGCCAUUGCUGACCUCCUCCUCAUCUUCUGCCUCCCCUUCCGAAUACUCUACCACACUAACCAAGAUCAAUGGACCCUCGGUGUGGUUCUCUGCAAAGUCGUGGGCCUCCUAUUUUACAUGAAUAUGUACAUCAGUAUUACUUUUUUGGGACUGAUAAGUUUGGACCGUUACGUCAAAAUUAACCGUUCAUUUCAGCAGCAUAAAGGACUUACCCCUAAGCACAGCAUUUAUUCCUGCUGCUUCGUGUGGACAUUUGCAGUGCUUGGGUUUUUGGUAAUGCUUGUUUUCUCAAUUAAGAGAAGGAGCGAGCCUGCAAUGUGUUUCCAUUACAGAAAUAGGGAGAGGGCGAAAGGGGAGGCAAUUUUUAACUUCAUCCUAGUGAUCCUGUUUUGGUUCACUUUCCUUCUGCUAAUCCUUUCUUAUGCUAAAAUUGCCAAAAAUCUUUUGCGCAUUUCCAAAAAAAGGUCAAAUUUUCCCAACUCAAGGAAAUAUGCAAAGACAGCCCGCAAUUCCUUUAUCGUACUGAUCAUUUUCACUAUAUGCUUUGUCCCCUAUCAUGGUUUUCGGUUUAUCUAUAUCACGUCUCAGCUACGGAACACGUCUUGUUACUGGAGAAAGAUUUUUCACAAAACCAAUGAGAUUAUGCUUGUGUUCUCAGCUUUCAACAGCUGUUUGGAUCCAGUCAUGUAUUUUCUUAUGUCAAGCAAUAUCCGUAAAACUGUGUACCACCUUCUUUUUAGAAGAUUUCAAGGAGAGCCUAGCAGGAGCGAAAGCACUUCAGAAUUUAAGCAAGGCCAUUCUCUGCACGAUUCCAUAGCUGCCAAAAUUCAGGCAAAUAUUUGAGGUGAUUAUGCUACCAAAAAAGAAUCAACCACAGUCCCUUAUAAGGCCAUCUACUAACUGCAGUUCCUUCUCUAAAAUACUAGAGAAUUAAUAGGCACAGUUCUGGUAUUACUGCUUCAGGCAAAAGUGACAACAAAAAACUCUUCCUGUGGCUCUUUAACAAAUACGGAAUACUACAUUUCAUCUUCUUAACUGUACAGUGCGAUUCCAAAGGAAAGGAAGGAAAAGAACAUCAUGGUCAGUGCUAGAGAAUUUUAAGUACUUUAUUUGAAAUUUUUUGUGUCCAAAUAAUCUACUGUACUGCUGUUAAAUGUUUUUAACAAAGACUGUAAAAUUAUUUAAUGGAAUCUGUGGCUUUAACAACAAAAUAUAAAAAAAAUUUGAUGGUUUCUUGAACCAGUACUACUGUCAAUUUGCAAAAUGUUUGAAAUGUUUUAUCUGCCAUGACUGUGGGAAAAUGAUUUACCUGAGGUCAACACAGGCAAGACAGAGGUUUGCUCAUCUGUUUUUGAAAAGCUUUUUGGUUCUGCAUUGGGAGUUAAUUUACAUUUACUCAUUUCUUUUUAGUUAAAUGAGCUUUUCAGUUGCAAGGAGCAUAUUAUAACAAAAAUAAUAUUAAUUCAUAAAUGGCAUUUGUUUAGCACUUAACGUGUACCAAACGCUGAGGUAGACUCAAGGUAAUCAGGUCAGACACCAUCCCUGUCCCACAUGGGGCUCACAAAGGA